CAACGCGUUCGAUCAAAAAUUAGCAGUGGCAAUGUUAAGAAUUGCUGAAGGCUUGGAUUGUUCAGAGAUCGUCGCGACGAACGAGAUGAAAAACGGUGACGAGGAACAUGGGAUACUCGCGCAGAGUAGUUACGAUUUAACUGGGAACACUUUAAUGCACGUCGACAGCAAUUUGUCUAUGUCCAGUCAGAUACCGAGAGUGCAGAGCGUCCCAACGAUGGAUGUAACAUCGGUUUUAGGAAGUCAAUUCGUUCCCGAUCACAACCCGCAGAUAAUUAGGGACUCGCCUACUCACGGAAGUGCCCGGGACCAGUUGAAACACAAGCGGAAACACGCGAUAGAGAAAUUGAUGUAA